GCGGAACUGUUGGACCGACGGCUCUCUGUCGUGGGCAUCGAUUACGAGGCAGCCUAUGUUCGCAAAGCAGAGGCCGUGCUGCGGGCCGAAGGGCUCUGGCGGCCAGCUCCUGCUGACACCGAAGGAUACCGGCAGGGAGAGUUCUACUGCCAUGUCCUGGAGCGUUCCAUCUACGACAACCUGUCUGACCUUUGCUUCCAGGUGGGCGACGAAGCUUUCACCGGCGAAGUUCCCAAAGAGGUGCCAGAGGAGAUGCGCUUUGAUGCCGUCUACUUCUCCGGUUCUUUUUCCGUCUUGCCUGACCCGCCUGAAGCCCUCAGGGCAGUUCUGCCUCUGAUGAAGCGCAACGGACGCGUCUUCAUAACACAGACCUUCCAGAAGAGAUCUUCGCCAGUGAUGGCCUUCUUGAAGCCGCUGCUGAAGUACAUCACCACCAUCGACUUUGGCCAGCUCGUAACCGAGGCAGAUCUUGAGCGACUGAUCUCCAGCGCGGGGUGUUUCGAAGUCCUUGAGAACAAGCCCAUCCCCGGCUCCGUCGCGACCCACCUCCAGACUGCCAGGCUUGUUAUACUGAAGGCACCGGUGCCCUUUCACCGUGCCCACUUGGGACUCUGCUGCCGCUUCUCCUCUGCCUUGCUCUGGCCUUGCUGGAGGCCUCUUGACCUUCUCUGCUUUCGGGCAGAAAACUGGACCCUCUGCCCUUCAGGUGCAGACAGUGCUGAAACAAACCACGGACGCGAAGCCCUGGAAGCCCUUAUGGCCCAAGUGUCACAGGUGGACACCAUCCACACAGCGCAACUGCCUUCCCGUAGGAGUGUGUAG